CCGCUUCCGGCAUUGGAGGCUGUAGCCUCGCUCUGGUCCCUGCGGCUGGCGGCCGAGCCGUGUGUCUCCUCCUCCGCCGCCGCCAUAUUGUCUGUGUGAGGAGAGGGGAGCGCGGCUGCUGCCGCUGCCGCUUCCACCGCAGUUUGAAGAAAAUAGGUCUGAAACAAGGUCUUACCCACAUCUGUCUCUGAACACAGUGACUGCCAGAUCUUCAAACAUCAAGUUCAGCUUUGUCCGCCAACCUGUCUGACAUGUCGGGACCCGUGCCAAGCAGGGCCAGAGUUUACACAGAUGUUAACACGCACAGACCCCGAGAAUAUUGGGAUUAUGAGUCACAUGUGGUGGAAUGGGGAAAUCAAGAUGACUAUCAGCUUGUUCGAAAAUUAGGCAGGGGCAAAUACAGUGAAGUGUUUGAAGCCAUCAACAUCACAAAUAAUGAAAAAGUUGUUGUUAAAAUUCUCAAGCCAGUAAAAAAGAAGAAAAUUAAACGUGAAAUAAAGAUUUUGGAGAAUUUGAGAGGCGGUCCCAACAUUAUCACACUUGCAGACAUUGUAAAAGACCCUGUGUCACGAACGCCCGCCUUGGUUUUUGAACAUGUAAACAACACAGACUUCAAGCAAUUGUACCAGACAUUAACAGACUAUGACAUUCGAUUUUACAUGUAUGAAAUUCUAAAAGCCCUGGAUUAUUGCCACAGCAUGGGGAUUAUGCACAGAGAUGUGAAACCCCAUAAUGUCAUGAUUGAUCAUGAGCACAGAAAGCUAAGGCUAAUAGACUGGGGCUUAGCUGAAUUUUAUCAUCCUGGCCAAGAAUAUAAUGUCCGAGUUGCUUCCCGAUACUUCAAAGGUCCAGAGCUACUUGUAGAUUAUCAGAUGUAUGAUUAUAGUUUGGAUAUGUGGAGCUUGGGUUGUAUGCUGGCAAGUAUGAUCUUCCGGAAGGAGCCAUUUUUCCAUGGACAUGACAAUUAUGAUCAGUUGGUGAGGAUAGCCAAGGUUCUGGGAACAGAAGAUUUAUAUGACUAUAUUGACAAGUACAACAUUGAAUUAGAUCCACGUUUCAACGAUAUCUUGGGCAGACACUCUCGUAAGCGAUGGGAACGCUUCGUCCACAGUGAAAACCAGCACCUUGUUAGCCCUGAGGCCUUGGAUUUUCUGGACAAGCUCCUACGAUAUGACCACCAGUCACGGCUCACUGCAAGAGAGGCCAUGGAGCAUCCUUACUUCUACACUGUUGUGAAGGACCAGGCUCGAAUGAGUUCAUCUAACAUGCCAGGGGGCAGUACACCUGUCAGCAGCGCCAAUAUGAUGUCAGGGAUCUCUUCAGUGCCAACCCCUUCACCCCUUGGACCUCUGGCAGGCUCACCAGUGAUUGCUGCUGCCAACCCCUUGGGAUGCCUGUUCCAGCUGCCGCUGGCGCUCAGCAGUAAUGACCCCCAUCUAUCUCCUGAUGCCUAAGCAGAGGUGGGGAAGUCCACCCUCUCCUUGAUGCAGCUUGCGCCUGGUUGGGAGGGGUGAGAACUCUUCAGAAGCACCGUGUCUGAACCGUUGCUUGUGGAUUUAGUAGUUGAGUCAUAAAAAAAAUUAUAAUAGGCUGAUUUUCUUUUUUUUCCUUUUUUUUUUUUUUUUUUAAAAAAAAACUUGGACUUUUCAUAACUCAGGGGAUUCCCUGAAAAAUUACCUGCAGGUGGAAUAUUUCAUGGACAAAAUUUUUUCUCCCCUUCCAAAUUCAGUUCAUCACCACUAAAGAACAAAGAUAAACUGGCCUCAGUCCCAGCUGCUGCAUUUGGGUGGAGAUUUCUUCCCCUUCCCACAUUGCUCUCCCCACAUUACUACACUCUUGGGGACUGGAUCUCAUGCUCUUCCCCAGAGAUUAUAAAAUGUAGCUUAUCAAGGGAGGUGGGAAGGAAAGAGGCAGGGAGGACCCAGUCCAUCCUGAACACUGCUCUGCUGGUCACUCCAUCACCUUUCUCCAGGACUCGUCCAUGGGUUACUCCAGCACUGGUGGAGGUGGAUCUGUCUUAGUUACAUCAAGAUGUUAAGUCACCCGACUUGCAGACAGAUCCUGAAGCUUCUUUUCUGAAUGAAUCAUGUCUUACUGACCUAACCCUAAAUCAUUUUAAUUUUAGUUUAGUUUGAAUCUGUCAUACUUUCCCUCCCGGGCUCUUGUUUUGGUCUUUCCCUUUUCAUCUCCUGACAUACUGUGCUUCAUAGCUGGUAGGAGAGGGAAGGCAGAAUCUUUUUCAGUUUUCUUUGACUUGGCCAUUUUGAAGUCAGUUAGUUACUGGGCGUAAUUUAUUGCUUUUUAAAAAAGAAAUACUGUCCAUAAAGUUUCACGCUAGCACUCUUAAGAGCUAACGGGUGAUGUGGCCACACUGGGUUCAUUUUAAGCGUUGUACUUUUUUCUCCUACCCUCCCCUUUCUUCACAUGCCAUCUAGUGAGGAGACUGCUCUCAGAGUUGUAAUUGUAUCUGAGGCAGGAGCAGAGCCACUGUCUUCAGUGAGCCAGAAAUGGUAGACCUGUAAUUGUGGGAAACUAUCAGUUCUCUUGUUAUGGCCCUGCUGCCAUCCCUCGCUGUGUGUAUAUAUAUAAUACUUUGUCCUUCAUAUGUGAAAGAUCCAGUGUUGGAAUUCUUUGGUGUAAAUAAACGUUUGGUUUUAUUUAUCAA